AUGCCGUCUUUCCGUCGUACGUUUGGCGACUUCUCCCCUACAAUGCACGGAGUCAUCGUGUCGUCCGUCCUCAUCCCUGGCGCCCUAUCAGCUCUCGUGUCCGGUGCCAUGGCAGACCGUUUCGGGCACGUCCUCCUCUUUUCUCUGGGCGCCUUCGUCUACGGCUGCGGCACUAGCAUAGAGUGUGCUUCGCCUGUCCUCGGGGUCUUCAUCUUGGGCCGUCUCGUCAAGGGCGUUGGCGAGGGCAUGUUCCUGAGCAACGUUUAUGUACAAGUGUCAGAGAUAUCGCCUGCCCGAGUCCGGGGUAUCAUCACGGCCCUGCCGCAGUUUUCCAUUGUCACUGGGAUCGUCACCGGCUACUUCAUGUGCUACGGCACCGCUCGUAUCGAAGCAUCGUCCCUGGCAUGGCGCCUCCCGCUGGCCGUGGCUUCAUUUUUGGGAUUCGCCCUCUCCAGUACGUACUGGAUCGUCCCGCCAUCGCCCAGGUGGCUGCUCGGUAAAGGCAGGAUCGAAGAGGCCCGUCACGUUCUGGACCGCCUGGGCCUGGAUCAGAGCGAGCGAGAGGACCUUUUAGAGCAAUCCCUGGCCCAGGCGCAAGAACAAAGACCCGACGUUUCAUUGCUGCAAACUCUACGACAGAUGUUUACCGAUUCCAGGGAAGCCUUCUCGGCACCCUUCCGGAGCAGGACCAUCUUUGGCUGUUUCCUGCUGGGGAUGCAGCAGUGGAGCGGCAUCGACGGGAUCCUCUACUAUGCGCCUAUACUCUUCACACAAGCUGGACUGAGCGGUGAAGAGGCCACCUUCCUCGCGUCUGGUGUCUCCGCAUUGGUGAUCCUCGCAGUCACGAUUCCCGCAACAUUCUUAGCAGACAGAUGGGGACGGCGGACGUCUAGCCUGCUCGGUGGAGUGCUCAUCACCACUUUGAUGCUAUUGAUGGGUUCGUUGUAUGCAGCGGGAGAGGUCCACGCUGACGCGGGAGCCGGAAAGUGGGUUGUCAUCGUGUCCAUCUACCUUUUCGCCAUUGUAUACAGUGGCACUUGGGCCAUCGGCUUCCGGACUUUCAUGGUAGAAAGCCUACCGACAAAAACUCGCAGCAGUGCAUCCAGCCUGGCACAAAGUUCAAACUGGUGUGCCAACUACGUUGUCGCGCUAAUUACACCGGUAUUAUUGUCAAAGUCAACUUUCGGUGCAUAUUUUCUCUUCGCCGGUUGCUCCUUCAUCUGCACCAUCGUGGUGGCCUUUGUGAUGGUCGAGACGCGGGGCCACAGCCUCGAGGCAAUCGAGAAGAGGUACACUGAUAAAAAAGCUUUGGCCACGGGCAGAUGGAGAAUGGAAGGUCUCAGACCACGACGAGUCAGAGCCGCCGUGUAG